AUAGCCAACAAUACAGCCUAGCUUGUUGGCGAUUUUAUAAUUUUAUACGAUUGGUCGAGAAAUAAUGGAUGUAAAUACAGACUAAUUUGUGAGCAAACAAUGGGAAUAUAUUUACACCAAUUUGAAGUUAACGCUACAAAUUAAGGUGGAAAAAUAUUUGGACAUAAUGGCGACUCAUUCGUCCCAAAGUCGGUUUGCUUCGGCCAGUGGGAAAUACAGACAGAGUACGCAUAAUGUCGUUGAAGCUAUGCAAAAACUGAAGGAGGAAAGGGAAAACAAACGAGCCCAGCUCGACGGAAGACAUGAAUAUAUCAUUAAUGCCGUUGGACAUUCAUUGGGACUGGAAACAUCGGAAAUUGAGGAAUCUUUGCUCGAAGGAACUCAGAUUGAUAGAAUGGCGGAGUUUUUUGCUGUUGGAGGAAAACCACAUCUUAUGUUUUUCUACCAGGAGUUCGAUGCUGGGAUGGAACAAAGUUUACAUUUAACCGGACUUGGCAGACCAGACAAGCCACAAUCGUCACGUGGGAAGAAACCAAAACUAUUCAUCACUGAGGGAACCGAUGUCGCUCUUACAGGACGUUGUGUGUUUUUCCUCAGAAAUCGUGUUGACAAACCCAUCACAACAGAAAACAUUCAUAGAGAAAUAACAUUGCAUAUGUUGGAUUCGGGUGAGAAAGGAAUACUUUAUGCUAUAGAGAAGAUGCUGGUGCAAAUAUUUAUUCCUGCUUUACAACAAAAUCAAACAGCCUGGGGAGAGUUGGCAAAUGCGACUGGUGGCAAAGAAACAGAACAAGAAUUUAUCAAUGUUUUGGAUUCUUUCGUAGAUGUCUUAUCUGGUGCUCGAGAUAGUUUGGAUGAAAAAAUUAUGCUUGAGGAAUGUACCACUUAUGACUUAUCUAAAUUGGCUACACCAUCAGACUGCGCAGCUGUUGUAUCAAAUUCUGAAUCACUUGAAUUGAUUGAAGAUUGUGUCCGAGUUUGGAUAAAGCAAAUUGAGAAGGUACUGGCUGAGAGUGAGCAAAUGCGAAAAGAAGCAGAUAACAUUGGCCCAAGAGCCGAAUUGGAACAUUGGAAACGAAGAAUGUCUAAAUUCAAUUUUCUCCUUGAACAAUUGAAGAGUCCAAACGUCAAGGCUGCAUUGAGUGUGUUGACAUUCGCAAAAUCUAAACUUCUUGUCACAUGGCGUGAACUAGAUGGCCGGAUCACUAAUUUUGCCAAUGAGGCUAAAGACAAUGUGAAGUAUCUUUACACUCUUGAAAAAUUCUGUGUUCCACUGUACAACAGGGAUCCUGUUGCAAUGAUUGAAUCACUUCCAGGUCUCAUCAACACAAUUCGAAUGAUUCACAGCAUCAGUCACUACUACAACACAUCAGAAAGAAUGACAUCCCUGUUUGUGAAGGUAACAAACCAAAUGGUUUCUAGUUGCAAGUUGUACAUCACGGAAAAUGAUACAAUGGGAAUUUAUGAUCAAGAACGAGAAGAAAUCAUCAAAAAAUUGAAGGAAUGCAUUAAAUUGAAUGAGGAGUAUUCACGAUGCUUUCAAAACACGAAGCAAAAGCUUGAAAACUCUCCAAAUGAGAGAAAGUUUGAUUUCAGUGAGAUGUACAUCUUCGGAAAGUUCGCAUCGUUUGCUAGACGAUUAGAGAAGAUUAUCUCAAUGUUUGAAACUAUCAAAGUGUAUUCCGCAAUUGAUCGAUCCAAUAUGGAAGGACUGGAAACUUUAGCGAGCAAGUAUCAGGUGAUAAUUGCAAGUAUGAAGAAGAAGCAAUACAAUCCAUUAGAUCAGAGAAAAAAAGAUUUUGAUGACGAUUUCGAAGAAUUUACAAACAAUAUCAACGAUCUUCAUAAUCAGUUGGUGAUGUUCAUGGAUGAUCAGUUUGACAAAUCUGGAAGCACUGAACGUGCUGUGAAGCUGUUGCGAAAAUUUGAAAGAUUGGAAAUCCCCAAUAUGAACAUUGAUGAGAAGUAUCACACAGUUCUCGUCAAUUACGGCAAAGAAAUGGAAAAUAUUUCGAAAAUUUACAACAAAGAAAAAGUGGAUCCAGUUGUGCAGAGAAACAUGCCACCUAUAGCUGGUAAAAUAAUGUGGGCCAGACAACUUUUCCGUCGCAUACAACAGCCAAUGGAAUUGUUGCAAGCUGAAGCACCGGAUAUUUUGAAAACUGUGGAAGGCAAAAAAGUUAUUCGUAAUUUUAACAAAAUUGGCAAAGUGCUUUUGGAAUAUGAAGUACUUUAUCACAGAGCGUGGUUACGGCAAGUGGAUUUAGCCAAAGCAGGUUUACAAGCAUCUCUUCUGGUCAAGCAUCCUGAAACUAAAGAACUUUAUGUCAACUUUGAUGCUAUCGUGUUAACAUUGAUAAAAGAAACAGGAUGUAUGACAAAAUUGGAACUCGAAAUCCCUCUGACUGCGACUAAAAUUCGACAGAAACAGGAUACGUUGAAGAAACAUAACAGCGAAUUGAAGCAUUUACUGUCCGAGUAUGAGAGAGUACGAAAAAAAAUUCCUGCUUCUAUUGAACCUCUGAUGGACCCUCAUAUCGGAAAGGUGGAAGCAGCGCUUGAGCCAGGAUUAACAUUGUUGAAUUGGACCAGCAUCAACAUUGACACUUAUCUUGAAAAUGCUUGGAGUGCUUUAUCCGAACUGGAGCUGUUUCUUGAUCGCAUUUCUGAUUUGAUGAAAUUCAGAAUCGAAGGAGUUCUUUCAGAUAUGAUGAAGACAAAAUUGGUACAAUUCAAAAAUGAUGAAUCGAUGACACCACAAGAAUUUUUAAAAAAUACACAAGAACUCUGUGUUAAAGCGGCACAUGACUUACAAGCAAAGAGUAUAUUAGUCGAAGAAGCAGUGAACGAGCUAAUUGACAUGUUGCUGAACUUUCAAGUAACGCAAGAGGAAACACCUCCCGUUCCACCAACUAGCGCCGGGGCUGACGGCAGAUCUACACAAUCCAGUGCUAAGACUAGAACGCCAGCUAGUGCACGAAGAAAGAAAAAGGACAUAAGAUCCUUGAUGGAAGAAGAAGCUAGCGAACUUUUCAACUAUCUUCAUCAGCGACAAGUUGAAGCUCUUAGUAAAGUUGUUCGAUCAACUCUCGAGUCGAUCAGAAGGCGACUUUCGUCGUCAUCAUCCAGCUCAACAUUAUUUGCAGGUGAUUCAAAGGCAUCUUCCAUGAAAGCGAAGAAAAGCAAGAAAGUUGGAUUACUCCUAAUCAAAGCGAUACUUUCAAUACCGAACAUCUCGUACAGCCCUGGCCUGGAUCAAGUACAAUCAACAGUAAAUCACGUUGUUGAAUGUAUCAUCAGCGUAAUGCAUGGCGUGUCGCAGUGGUCAAAAGAUAGAUUCAAUAAGACACCCGCAGCUGCUGGCGUUACCUUUGGAGCAUUGCAAAGAAGAAUGAGUACCGUUAGCGUCGGAGGAGAAUCGGACUCGUCGACUACCGGCAGUCAUGUUAAAGAUGGAUUGACUCCCAGAAAGUCAAAACUAGAUGAUCGCGUGCCUCUGCCUGGCCUUGUUGUGCAAUCAAAUAAUUACUACCAUAUAAUUGGAUCGAAUAAAGAAGUCAACAAGCUGGUACUGAUGAUUGGCAGUUCUAUCAAUACUUCUAAAGAGGAAUUAUACACCGUUUUGGAUCAUUUCAAGAAAUAUCACUUCGUGUGGAAAACGGAUAAAAAUGAAGUUCUAGAAGAAUUUCGCAACAAAUCUACUCCAGUCGGAGAAUACGAGCAAGAAAUACUACGUUAUAAAGCUCUGGUUGAUGACAUCAAUUCUGAACCAAAGAUCAUCUCCGCUGGACCAGUAGCGGUGCAUACGGAUGAUUUAAAGUUGGCGCUCACCACGGAAUGCCAAGAGUGGAUGAAGAGUUUCGGACGUGAUUGCAAUGCGAAGUACUGCAUUGAAAUGGAAAACGUCCUGUCGUUUAUUGAUGACGUGGCGAAAAAACUGAGUAGACCAGUGAAAGAUCUCGAUGACAUUCGUAUAUUGAUGGGAACGUUGAAAGAAAUCCGAGAAAGACAAAUCGACAUUGACAUGGUUAUUGGACCUAUUGAGAAUUCUUACAACAUUUUGACAAAAUUCAACAUUCCUGUGACAAAAGAAGAGUUAGAAAGAGUUGAUUUGUUGCGCUACACAUGGGAGAAGCUUCUCGUGCAAGCUACAGAAGUUCAAAAUAAUCUUGUUGAUAUACAACCAUCGUUUAGGGGAGAACUGGUCGACAGUAUUGAAGUAUUUCAAGAAGAUCUCAGCGAUUUCUAUGGGAGUUACCAAGCGAAUGGACCCAUGGUGGAAGGAGUUCAGCCACAGGAGGCAAGUGAUAGACUUAUUAUAUACCAAAAUCGCUUUGACACCAUAUGGAGAAAGUUCAUCACAUAUUCAGGUGGAGAGGAGCUUUUUGGGUUGCCAGUCACACCAUAUCCUGAACUACAUGAAGUCCGAAAGCAACUUUCAUUGCUUCAAAAACUGUACGGAUUAUAUAACAACGUUCUGAACACCGUAAAUGGAUAUUAUGACAUAUUAUGGGUAGAAAUCGACAUAGAUAAGAUUAAUGAUGAAUUGCUGGAAUUUCAAAACAGAUGCAGAAAGCUUCCUCGUGCAUUGCGUGAAUGGCAAGCAUAUCAGGACCUGAAGACCAAAAUUGACGAUUUUUCUGAGACAUGCCCCUUGCUUGAAUUGAUGUCAAAUAAGGCUAUGAAGCAACGACAUUGGGACAGGAUCGCUAAGAUUACCGAGCAUGAAUUUGACUUUGAAAAUGAGGCAUUUAUGCUACGAAAUAUCAUGGAAGCACCGCUACUUGAACACAAAGAAGAUAUUGAAGAUAUUUGCAUUGCUGCCGUCAAAGAGAAAGAUAUCGAAGCGAAACUGAAAUCGGUCAUCUCGGAAUGGGGUGGACACGAAUUCGUCUUCGGAAAUUUCAAGAGUCGAGGCGAGUUGCUAUUGAGAGGAGAUCAUACUACUGAAAUCGUGACAGCCCUUGAAGAUAGCUUGAUGAUACUGAGCUCCUUGAUGAGCAACAGAUACAAUACCCCAUUCCGGGCUUCCAUCCAGAAGUGGGUUCAAAAUCUAACAAAUACAACAGAAAUUAUUGAAAAUUGGAUGAUUGUGCAAAACUUAUGGGUUUAUUUGGAAGCUGUAUUUGUUGGUGGGGAUAUUGCGAAACAGUUGCCAAAGGAGGCAAAACGUUUUUCAAAUAUUGACAAAACUUGGGUCAGAAUUAUGACAAGAGCUCACGAAACUACCAACGUUGUACAAUGUUGUGUUGGUGAUGAAACAAUGCAUCAGCUUCUACCACACUUGCUUGAACAAUUGGAAUUAUGUCAAAAAUCGCUCACUGGAUAUUUGGAGAAAAAACGCCUUCUGUUUCCACGUUUCUUCUUCGUGUCUGAUCCUGUGUUGCUUGAGAUACUGGGACAAGCAAGUAACUCACAUACAAUUCAAGCUCAUUUAUUGAAUGUAUUUGACAACAUCAAGACUGUCAAAUUUCAUGAAAAGUUCUAUGACAAGAUUCUGGCGAUCAAUUCUCGAGAAGGGGAAUCAAUUGAUCUAAUACAACCUGUACUAGCUGAAGGAAAUGUUGAAGUGUGGUUGAAUCAACUUCUAAACAAAUCUAAAGCUUCUCUUCAUAGUGUGAUCAAGACAGCAUAUCUCGCACUGCAGGACACUAAUUUCCAAUUGAUCGAAUUUCUGAACACCUUUCCUGCACAGGUCGGUCUACUUGGAUUACAAAUGUUGUGGACUCGUGAUGCAUCAGAUGCUUUGGCAAACGCUAAAUAUGACAAGAAGAUAAUGCAAGCAACAAAUCAAGGAUUUCUAGAGCUUCUGAACAUUCUCAUUGAGAUGACAACAAUGAAUCUUAGUGGAAAUGAAAGAGUGAAAUACGAAACAUUGAUCACCAUACACGUCCAUCAACGCGACAUCUUUGACGAACUGGUGAAGAAAAACGUAAAAAGCGUCUCAGACUUCGAAUGGCAAAAGCAAAGUCGAUUUUACUUUGAUGAAGACAAAAAUAAAACAAUAAUUUCUAUCACUGACGUCAAUUUCGAAUAUCAAAACGAAUUCCUGGGAUGCACUGAGAGACUUGUAAUCACUCCUCUGACUGAUAGAUGUUACAUCACACUUGCUCAAGCCCUUGGUAUGAACAUGGGAGGAGCACCUGCAGGUCCGGCUGGAACUGGCAAAACUGAAACUACAAAAGAUAUGGGGAAAGCUCUUGGAAAAUAUGUUGUCGUUUUUAAUUGCUCUGAUCAAAUGGAUUUUAGAGGCCUGGGUCGAAUUUUCAAGGGUCUUGCACAGUCUGGAUCAUGGGGAUGUUUCGACGAAUUCAACCGUAUUGAACUUCCAGUAUUGUCAGUAGCUGCACAACAGAUUGCAGUUGUCUUGUCAGCAAAGAAAGAAAGGAAAUCGAAAUUUAUAUUCACUGAUGGAGAUGAGGUUGAACUAAGUCCCGAGUUUGGAAUAUUUUUGACCAUGAAUCCUGGAUAUGCUGGAAGACAAGAAUUGCCAGAGAACUUGAAAAUCAAUUUUAGAAAUGUUGCAAUGAUGGUGCCUGACAGACAGAUUAUUAUCAGGGUUAAACUGGCUGCUGUUGGAUUCAAGGAAAACAUAAUUCUUGCCAGAAAAUUCUACAUUUUAUACAAACUUUGCGAAGAACAGCUUACUAAGCAGGUGCAUUAUGAUUUCGGAUUGCGAAACAUCUUGUCUGUUCUACGAACCCUUGGAGCAUCUAAACGCAUCAAUCCUGAGGACACAGAACAUAAAAUUGUGAUGAGAGUUUUACGAGAUAUGAAUUUGUCAAAACUAAUCGAUGAAGACGAACCUCUGUUCUUAUCUUUGAUCAACGAUUUAUUUCCAUCAAUUCAACUGGAUCAAGCUGGAUAUCCUGAACUGGAAGGUGCCAUCAAGAACCGAGUGACUGAAGCUGGAUUGAUAAACCAUGCACCAUGGGUUCUCAAGAUUGUUCAACUGUUUGAAACUCAAAGAGUGAGACAUGGAAUGAUGGCACUCGGACCAAGUGGAGCUGGAAAAACGUCUUGCAUCCAUACUCUCAUGAAAGCACUUACAGACUGUGGGCAACCCCAUCGUGAAAUGAGAAUGAAUCCAAAAGCAAUAACUGCACCUCAGAUGUUUGGAAGACUUGAUGUUGCUACCAAUGACUGGACUGACGGAAUCUUUAGCACGCUCUGGCGCAGAACUCUCAAAGCGAAGAAAGGAGAACAUAUCUGGCUUGUACUUGAUGGACCAGUUGAUACAAUUUGGAUUGAAAAUUUAAACAGUGUCUUGGACGACAACAAAACUCUGACUCUGGCAAACGGUGAUCGUAUUCCAAUGGCACCAAAUUGUAAAAUUAUUUUUGAGCCAAGCAAUAUUGACAAUGCAUCACCAGCUACCGUAUCUCGAAAUGGAAUGGUCUACAUGAGUUCAUCUGUUCUUGAUUGGGAACCAAUUAUUGAAGGUUGGCUUCUGAAGAGAUCGGACAGUGAAGCUACGAUUCUGAGACAACUCUUCAGCAAUUGUUUUGCACCUCUAUAUCGUUUCGCUGUUCAAAACUUGGAUUUCAAAAUGGAUACACUUGAAGCUUUCAUUAUCAAACAGGCUAUUGUUCUACUGGACGGAUUGAUUCCUCAACAAGACAAAAAAGCAAACAUGUCGGAAGUUCUUGGAAAAUUAUUCACCUUUUCAAUGAUGUGGAGUGUUGGUGCAUUGCUAGAAAUUGAAGAUAGAAGAAAGAUGCACGCAUAUCUUCUUGAACAUGAAGAGUUUCGGAUUGAUUUGCCACAAGUACGCGAUGAUGGAGAAAGCAUGAUAUUUGAUUACAUGGUUGGCACUGAUGGAAAGUGGUCACAUUGGUCAGAACAUGUAUCAGAAUACAAAUAUCCGACCGAUCACACCCCGGACUUCCAUUCUAUUUUGGUUCCAAAUGUUGACAACAUAAGGACUGAUUUCCUUAUUCAUACUGUUGCUAAACAAGGAAAGGGUGUUCUUCUUGUUGGUGAACAGGGCACAGCGAAAACUGUCAUUGUGAAAAGUUACCUAUCCAGGAUGAAUCCAGAAGAACAUUUGUUUAAGAAUCUCAACUUUUCAAGUGCGACGACUCCAUUGCUUUUCCAGAGAACUAUUGAAAGUUACGUUGAGAAGCGAAUGGGAAGUACAUACGGACCACCUGCAGGAAAAAAGAUGACGGUAUUCAUCGAUGAUGUCAAUAUGCCCAUUAUCAAUGAAUGGGGAGAUCAAGUGACCAACGAAAUUGUCCGUCAACUGUUGGAAACAGGAGGAUUUUACAAUCUGGACAAGCCUGGUGACUUCACACAUAUUGCAGACAUGCAAUUCAUUGCCGCUAUGAUACAUCCCGGAGGCGGACGAAACAACAUUCCUCAACGACUGAAAAGACAAUUUGCAAUUUUCAACUGCACUUUACCAUCAACUGCAUCGAUGGACAAAAUCUUCGGAGUGAUUGGUCUCGGUCAUUUCUGUGCUGAACGUGGAUUUGAUCAAUCUGUUCGUGAAACUGUUGCAAAACUCAUUCCAAUGACUCGUGAUCUCUGGCAGAAAACAAAGAUAAAAAUGCUUCCAACUCCAGCAAAAUUUCACUACGUUUUCAACUUGCGUGAUCUGAGCAGAAUAUGGCAGGGAAUGAUAAACGUAUCCAGCGACGUGAUUGACACACCAGAGAAAUUACUUCAAUUAUGGAAGCACGAAUGCAACCGUGUUAUAGCUGAUCGAUUCGUCAAUGAAGAAGACACAAAAUGGUUUGCAAGACCACUUAAACGUAUUGUUAAUGAUGAAUUUGGAGAAGAAUAUGCAGCAUUUGUUGAACCAGAUCAUUAUUUCUGUGAUUUCUUGCGAGAACCACCAGAGGCGACAGGAGAUGAACCUGAAGAUUUUGAUUUCUCUGCUCCGAAGAUUUAUGAACCUAUUCCGUCCAUGGAUUUCCUCAAGGAAAAACUUGUCAUGUAUAUGGAACAAUUGAAUGAAACAAUUAGAGGCUCAAAAAUGGAUCUUGUAUUUUUCCAUGAUGCGAUGGUUCAUAUGAUCAAGAUAUCAAGAAUCAUUCGAACACCGAGAGGGAACGCAAUGUUGGUCGGUGUAGGAGGUUCUGGAAAACAAAGUCUGACAAAGCUUGCUUCGUUCAUUGCUGGAUAUAAAGUGUUUCAAAUAACUUUAUCUCGAUCAUACAACACAAGUAACUUGAUGGAUGAUCUCAAAAUUCUAUACAAGAUUGCUGGUCUUCAGGGCAAAGGCAUCACUUUUAUCUUCACUGAUAAUGAGAUCAAGGAUGAUUCAUUCCUCGAAUACAUGAAUAAUAUACUCUCAUCUGGUGAAGUUUCUAACUUGUUUGCAAGAGACGAAAUGGAUGAAGUCUUACAGGAACUAGUUCCAAUCAUGAAGAAAGAGAUGCCAAGACACCCACCAACCAAUGAGAAUCUCUAUGAAUACUUCAUGAACAGAGUCAGACAGAAUCUUCAUGUGGUUUUAUGCUUCUCUCCUAUAGGAGAGAAAUUCCGAAAUCGUUCGCUGAAAUUUCCUGCUUUAAUAUCUGGUUGUACAAUGGAUUGGUUCAGUAGAUGGCCGAAAGACGCGUUGAUUGCUGUAUCAACUCAUUUCUUACAUUCGUUCGAAAUCAACUGCUCUGAGAAGAUCAAAGAUGACAUUCAAAAGACAAUGGGAUUGUAUCAUGAUGGAGUUGCUUUGAAAUGCAGAGAAUAUUUUCAAAGAUUCAGACGUUCAACUCAUGUUACACCAAAGUCGUACUUAUCUUUCAUACAGGGAUAUAAGCAAAUUUAUGCCAAACGUUACCAGGAAGUGGAGAAUCAGUCUGCUCGUAUGAAAGUAGGAUUGGAUAAACUGAACGAAGCUGAAAAAUCAGUUGUAGGCUUAAGCAAAGAACUUGUUGUCAAAGAAAAAGAAUUAGAAGUUGCAAAUGCGAAAGCACAAAAGAUUUUGGAAGAAGUUACUGUGCAAGCUCAAGCCGCAGAAAAAGUAAAAGCUGAAGUACAAAAAGUAAAAGAUAAAGCACAAGCACUCGUUGACAACAUCACUGCUGAUAAACAAAUCGCUGAAGCAAAACUCGAAGAAGCGAGACCAGCAUUGGAACAAGCUGAGGAAGCUCUGAAAACCAUCACACAAGCAGACAUUGCAACUGUGCGAAGACUUGGUCGUCCACCACAUCUCAUUAUGAGAAUCAUGGAUUGUGUACUUAUCUUAUUUCAACGGAGAUUAGAUUCAGUCACACAAGAUCCAGAAAAACCAACUAUCAAACCUUCCUGGAGCGAAGCAAUGAAAAUGAUGACCGAAACGGGAUUCUUGAACAAUCUACAACAGUUCAACAAAGAUUCUAUCACCGACGAGGUCGUUGAACUCAUGCAGCCAUACUUUGCUGCACCUGACUACAACCUGGAAACAGCAAGAAGAGUUUGUGGUAAUGUAGCUGGAUUGUGUUCAUGGACAACUGCUAUGGCAAACUUCUAUGCUAUCAACAAAGAAGUUUUGCCGCUGAAAGCAAAUCUGAUUGUACAGCAAGCUAAAUACGAUUCUGCAAUGGUUGAUCUGAAAAAUGCUCAAGAUGAAUUGGACGAAAAGGAGAAAGAACUUGCUGCAGUGCAGGAAAAAUAUGAAGCAGCAGUGCAAGAAAAACAGGAACUGGCAGCAAAUGCUGAACAAUGUCGUCACAAGAUGCAAACUGCUUCAGCUUUAAUCAACGGUCUCGGUGGAGAGAAGCAAAGAUGGACAGAACAAGGCAGAGAAUUUGAAAAACAAACAAAAAGACUUGUUGGCGAUGUGUUGUUAGCUACAGCUUUCUUGUCAUACUCAGGACCAUUUAACCAAGAGUUUAGAGGCCUGUUGUCCAAAGAAUGGAUAUCGGAAAUGAAUGCAAGAAAUAUUCCUCAUACGAGACAAUUAAAUUUAAUUGAGAUGCUCAGUGAUCCUCCCACCAUCAGUGAAUGGAACCUUCAGGGUCUUCCAAAUGAUGAACUCUCCAUCUCUAAUGGAAUUAUCGUGACCAAUGCUGCAAGAUAUCCAAUAUUGAUCGAUCCACAAGAACAAGGAAAAAUAUGGAUCAAAAAGAAAGAAGAAAACAGUGAAAUUCAGAUCACAUCUCUUGAUCAUAAAUAUUUCCGAAACCACCUGGAAAAUGCCUUAUCACUUGGUCAUCCACUUCUCAUCGAAGAUGUUGGCGAAGAACUUGAUCCUGCUUUGGAUAAUGUCCUUGAGAAAAACUUCAUGAAAAUUGGAUCAACCUACAAGGUUAAAAUUGGUGACAAGGAAGUUGACGUCAUGAAUGGAUUUAGACUUUUCAUUACAACUAAGUUUGCAAAUCCAGCCUACAGUCCAGAGAUUUAUGCUCGUACAUCUGUCAUUGACUUUACUGUGACUGUUGUUGGACUGGAAGAUCAACUGCUGGGAAGAGUUAUCCUCACUGAAAAACAGGAAUUGGAGAAGCAGAGAACUGAAUUGUUGAGUGAUGUUGCGUUGAACAAAAGAAAAAUGCAAGAAUUAGAAGAUAAUUUACUGGCAAGAUUAUCAUCAACACAAGGAAGUUUAAUUGAUGACGAAGGACUUAUAACAAUGCUUGCAAAUACAAAAACGACCGCUGAAGAGGUUACACAAAAACUACAAAUAGCCGCUGAAACUGAAAUUCAAAUCAAUGACGCCAGAGAGGAAUACAGAGCAGUUGCAAAACGAGGAUCGAUUCUAUAUUUCCUCAUCGUGGAAAUGUCUCUUGUCAACGUCAUGUAUCAAACUUCUCUCAAACAGUUCUUGGCUGUUUUUGACAAAGCUCUAAGAACAUCUGCAAAGAGUCCGAUAACAAGCAAACGUAUCGCGAACAUUAUUGAAGCAAUGACGUAUGAUGUUUACAAGUAUUCUGCUCAAGGAUUUUACGAACAAGACAAAGUAUUGUUCAGCAUUCUGACAGCUCUGAAAAUUGAUUUGGCAUCGAAGAGAAUAAAGCAUGAAGAAUUUAACACAUUCAUCAAAGGUGGUGCGUCUUUGGAUUUGAAAAGUUGCCCUCCUAAGCCUUGCAAAUGGAUUCUGGACAUGACAUGGAUGAACUUGGUUGAACUCUCAAAAUUGCAAAACUUCAGAGACAUCCUGAGCCAGGUGCAAAGAAAUGAGCGUCAGUGGAAAAACUGGUUUGACAAGGAAAGUCCCGAAAACACAACUAUUCCAGAUGGUUAUGAAGAAUCGUUGAGAGUAUUCCACAGACUGUUGCUGAUAAGAUCUUGGUGCCCCGACAGAACAAUGGCACAGAGUCGUAAAUAUAUCGUUGAAACACUGGGAGAGCAAUUCGCAGAAAGUGUGUUGUUGAAUCUGGAAGAAAUGUUGUCAGAAAGCAAUCCACGCACUCCAUUACUCUGCUUCUUAUCAAUGGGAUCUGAUCCGACCAACCAGAUAGAAAUGCUGGCAAAAAAACAUAAAGUUGAUUGUGGGAAUGUUAGUAUGGGACAAGGUCAAGAAGUCCAUGCCAGGCGAUUGAUACAAAAUGCUAUGACACAGGGCGGAUGGGCACUGCUUCAGAAUUGUCAUCUUGCUCUAGAUUUCUUGAAUGAGUUGAUGACGAUUCUCACUGAGACGGAAGACAUUCAUGAAUCUUUUCAACUUUGGAUUACGACCGAAAUUCACCCCAAUUUUCCCAUUGGGCUUCUCCAAAUGUCAAACAAAUUCACGAACGAUCCUCCGCAAGGAUUAAAAGCUGGGCUGAAAAGAUCGUAUUCAACUAUAAGCCAAGAUCAGCUUGAAGUGUCGAAUAUGCCACAAUGGAAACCUCUGUUGUACGGUGUCGCGUUUCUACACACGACCGUGCAAGAGAGAAGAAAGUUUGGACCAAUUGGUUGGAAUAUUCCGUAUGAAUUCAAUCAAGCUGAUUUCAAUGCUACAGUCCAAUUCCUUCAAAAUCACUUGGAUGAUAUGGAUAUAAAGAAGGGAGUUUCAUGGAACACUGUCCGGUACAUGAUAGGUGAGAUUCAAUAUGGUGGUCGAGUAACAGACGAUUAUGAUAAACGUUUGCUGAACACUUUUGCUAAAGUAUGGUUUAGUGAAGCGAUGUUUCAUUCAAACUUCGUGUUCUACAAAGGAUAUUCGAUUCCGCAUUGCAAGACCGUGAUUCAAUAUCUUGACUACAUCAAGGAACUGAAAUCGACUGACACACCCGAAGUGUUUGGGUUGCAUCCUAAUGCAGAUAUUACUUAUCAAACAAAGAGCGCAAAGAAUAUUCUAGACACAAUUCUCAGUGUUCAGCCGAAGGAUAGCAGCUCAGGGGGCGGAGAAACAAGAGAAGAUUACGUGUUCCGAAUUGCAGAUGAUAUGCUUGGCAAACUUCCGAAGGCAUAUGUUCCAUACGAAGUAAAAGAGCGUCUCAAAGAAAUGGGAAUCCUGAAACCAAUGAAUAUUUUCUUGAGACAAGAAAUCGACAGAAUGCAAAAGGUAAUACAUACUGUGCGAUCAACUCUACUUGACCUUAAGCUGGCAAUUGAAGGAACAAUCAUUAUGAGUGAAAAUCUGAGGGAUGCUCUAGAUUGCAUGUACGAUGCGAGAAUUCCAAAGAAGUGGCUUUCUAUUUCUUGGCCAUCCAGCACUCUUGGUUUCUGGUUCACCGAAUUGCUAGAAAGAAACUCACAAUUUUACAGCUGGUGUUUUGAAGGAAGACCAAAUUCAUUUUGGAUGACCGGAUUCUUCAAUCCACAAGGAUUCUUAACAGCAAUGAAGCAGGAGGUAACUCGAGCUCACAAAGGCUGGGCACUCGACAGUGUGAAAAUAUACAAUGACGUUACAAAAUUCAUGAACAAGGAAGACGUCAAUUUGCCUCCACAAGAGGGCGUAUACGUUUACGGUUUGUACCUUGAAGGAGCUGCGUGGGACAAACGGGGAAUGAAACUUAUCGAGUCAAGAUCAAAAGUAUUAUUUGAACAGAUGCCAAUCAUUCUCAUUAAUGCUGUCAGUGCAUCUGGAUCAGGUAACAAAGACCAGAAACCAUAUGUUUGUCCAAUAUACAAGAAACCGCAAAGAACAGAUCUCAACUAUAUUGCUGACGUUGAGCUGAAGACAGUGCAAACACCUGAUCAUUGGGUUCUUCGCGGCGUGGCACUUCUUUGUGACGUCAAAUAAAUUUUGUGGCGUGGCGUGUACAGAAACUGGAAUAUUACAUUUUAUUAGUAGAGAAUUAUGUUAAUAUUAGCAUAAAUAAACUUCCACUUGUAAUUUUUUGUCGACCAUGUACCACUACGGUUAAAAGACUCUGCAUCGUGCUCUGUUACUAUAUUA